AACUGAUCCCGCGAGAAUUGAAGUUCCAAAAUUAAACCAAUACAAUUUGACGAAGAUUUCUCAAGAAAUCAAAUGUUGGAGAAAUCGGAGCCAUGGAGAAGUCGAGCCUCGUUGAUUCCCAGGUUCUGCGUUCAUCGUCAUUGGAUUCGCCAUCUUCUGAGCCACCAGAUAUCAGGAAUUGGUUCUCGAGCUAUGUAUACGAAUCCCCUGAACUUGAUUCGAAUGACAUGUUUGGAGAUUCUAUUUCGAAAGAAAGAGAAAUCGGGAAAGAUGAGCUGACUGCGGAUGACGAAAAUGGAGUAAUUGAGGAAAAUUUUGGUGAAUUUAGGGAUGUCACAAAGAUUGACGAAGAAGAAGCUGAUGAGAAGCUUCCCAGAACUUGGAUUCCUUUGAAAUGCACUCCACUGGAAGAUCAUCACGAAAGCCAGCCUUUAGGCUUGAAUCAAGAUUCUUGGUGCUCACAGUCGCUUCUGUCAGAGCCUCCUGAUGUUGGGAACUGGUUUUCAAGUUACGUAUACGAAUCACCUACAUUGAAUCCUAGCCAGGAGUUUGGAUCUUGUGGAAGCGAUAAUACUGGAUUAGGGGACGAAAUAGAAGAGAAUUUGGAGAUUGUUAAAAAAACAACAAAUGGGGCUGAAGAAGUACAGCUGAACCUCUUCCUAAAAUGCAAUGGCAGUUCCAGGGGAAACCGGCAGGAAGAGCAGCCCCUAGGCGAGCAGAAUUUGUCUUCUGAAAGAACUUCAGAGCAAGACCCAAAAGAGAAAAGUUUGGGAGCCAAGAGAAUCAACCCAACCAAAGAAGUUCCAAAUUCGAGCCUUAUCACUGAAGAAGAUGGUUCUGCUUCUGUGCCACUGCAUAUAAAUGGAAGUUCAAACAAUGCCAACACGAAGCUUUCAACUCGUAAAAAUUUGGUCCAUAAAACUGAUCUCAUGCUGGAAAAUUCUCAAAGUGAGGUUCAAACACAACUUGAUGGCUCAUCAAGAAAAUGGAUUGAUUCGAGCCACAAGAAAGAAAAGACAGAAAAAAGAGUUUGGGAGAAUGGCUUGGUAACAGCAAGCAAGCGUGAAAUUUGUGGCGCAACUUGCAAGAAAUCAGUGGAAAGGCAAGAAAACUUCAAUAACAAAGAGACAGGAAGUGCUUUUGCUUGCCUUAGAAGAACGGCACUGUCAGACAAAACCAAUGUCGAGCAUUCUAAUAUAGUAGAAAUAACUGGGAAAUGGAGUUGUCCUCGGAAAAGUAAGCCGAAUCUCGGACCGCCAUUGAAGCAGCUUCGACUCGAGCGAUGGGUUCGCAAGGGAUGAUAUAUCUAUUGAUUAUGCGGAAUGCAUACUACAAAAUAGUAUUGGAAAGGUCCCCAAUAUAUGAUCAUGGUAUGUAAUCUUGGAGGACUUUCAUUUUUUUCAAAAUUUCAAUACCUGAAUGAGCCUGCCUAAUGUUACUAUGUCCACUGUAUAUUUUGCUGUAACAUUUUUGAGCAGAGAAGCAAAUGUUGGGAAGAAAUUUCUUAGUUUC